AUGAUUUCCCAAACUCUCGCGAAAUUCCUGCCGUACUUGAGCUUCAUGGUCGGUGCCUCCCUGUGGUCCAAAUCCGGACGCAAGCCAGCCGACGACGCACUCAUCAUCUUCAUAAUCGGCGCGCCCGGCGCAGGAAAAGGCACACAGAGCACCUUCCUCGUCAAGCGCUUCGGCUUGCAACACCUCUCGUACGGGGACCUGAUGCGCGGCCUGCGUAAGAGCGGGGACCCCGGGGUAUCUGGACUGAAGACCAAGUCCGGCACUGACAACCCCAGCGUCCCCGAUGACAUGGGCGCCUGGUUGCUAUGGCGGGAGAUUCGCAACGGGGGACUCGAAGGUAAGGAGUUAUGGCUCGUGGACGGCUUUCCUCGACGACCGGAGCAGGUUGAGGAAUGGCUUCAUUUACUGCCGCCCGCGGUCUUGACGUUGUACCUGAAGUGUCCUAAGGAUAUCUCCAAACGGCGUGUGGCAUCCCGAGGCGAGAAGGCUGGGGUGGAAGCGAGACCGGAGGAUUUGAACCCACAGACUGCGAUGCGCCGGAUUGAUGAAUUCCACAAGAAUGUGGAUUUCGUGGUGGCCAAGCUUGAAGAGAAGGGCAUGAAGGUCUUUGAAGUGGAUGCUCAUCGCAGCCCAGUGGACGUUCAGAAAGAACUGGAGAAAAUCAUGGAGCCUCUGAUUCAGUCAAUUUCUUCGACUUAA